AUGGAGACAGAACUCCCAUUGCCCUUCCUGGUCAGCGUGGCCAUCCCCCCGGGGCUCGCCAAUCUCGAGGGCCUCAACCGCGAAGAGGUGUCGCUCCUGGGCAAUCCCUUCAUUGAGGCGACGCCCAAGAUCCAGGACAAGCUGGGCCGCUUCUUCAACCGCCACAACUACGAGUUCUGCGCUCACGUCGACGCCACCGGCCUGCAGUCGCCAGACGAUGUCGUCGCCCUGCUGGACCGCGGCGCGCGCAAGGUCUUUGUCGCGCCCGAGUCCCUGCCGGAGUACACCGAUCUCGGAGCCAGGGUCCUGCCCGCCGUCUCAACCCUCGACUUGUCCGCCGCUUCCAAAGACGGCCUGUUGAUCAAGGAUAUCGACACCAACGCUUCCGGCCUGGACAAGUUCAUUGAGCAGGCCCAGGCUGCCAAGAUCAAGAACCUGUUCCUGAAGCCGGCUGCUGGUGUUAGCCUCGACAAGUUCAUCGAGGUCGCCCGGAAAAGCAACGCCAUUCCGGUCCUGCCUUCAACGGGUCUCACGACAGACAAGGCCGACUCAUCCAAGCUACUAUUGUCCAAGGUCAUUGCGGCCUACUGGAAGUCGGACCGCCAGGAUGGUCUCGUUCCCACGGUCGUCACAGACGAGGCCGGUAUCGCUCUGGGUCUUGCCUACUCGAGCGAGGAGAGCAUCGCCGAGGCCCUGAAGACGCAAAAGGGCGUCUAUCAGAGCCGCAAACGGGGUCUGUGGAUCAAGGGCGCCACAUCGGGAGACACACAGGAGCUGGUCCGCCUGUCUCUAGAUUGCGACUCGGACACUCUCAAGUUUGUCGUUAAGCAGACAGGCCGGUUCUGCCACCUGGAGCAGUUUGGAUGCUUCGGCGACCUCAAGGGCAUUGCGGCCCUCGAGCAGACACUCAAGUCAAGGAAGGAGUCAGCACCCCAGGGCUCUUACACCGCCAGGCUCUUCUCGGAUGAGAAGCUGCUUCGUGCCAAGAUCAUGGAGGAGGCCGAGGAGCUAUGCGACGCCAAGGCGCCCGAGGAGGUUGCCUUUGAGGCUGCCGAUCUCAUCUACUUUGCCUUGACCAGGGCCAUUGGCGCCGGCGUCAGCGUGGCCGACAUUGAGGCCAACCUCGACGCCAAGAGCCUCAAGGUGACGAGGAGAACCGGCAACGCCAAAGGCAAGUGGGCCGAGAAGGAGGGUAUCAAGACGGAUGCUGCCCCGCCGAAGCCCGCGCCCGCUCCUGCACCCAAGCCUGCAGAGGGCCGCAUCGUGAUGGAGAGGAUUGAUGCGACCAAGUCUACCGAGGCGGAGCUCCUGGAGAAGCUCAAGCGACCUUCCCAGAAGUCGUCCGAGGCCAUCCUCAAGAUUGUCACGCCCAUCAUAGAUGAAGUUCGCAAGGGUGGCGAUAAGGCUGUCCUGUCUUACACUCACAAGUUCGAAAAGGCCACGUCCCUGACAUCUCCGGUUAUCAAGGCUCCGUUCCCCAAGGAGCUCAUGCAGCUGGAUCCUGAGACUAUCAAGGCGAUCGAUACGUCGUACGACAACAUCUGGAAGUUCCACGCUGCUCAAAAGGAGGACAAGACGCUGUCGGUCGAGACGAUGCCUGGCGUCGUCUGUGGCCGCUUCUCAAGACCGAUUGAGAGAGUGGGCCUGUACGUCCCAGGUGGCACUGCCGUGCUGCCCAGCACAGCUCUUAUGCUUGGUGUUCCCGCCAAGGUGGCCGGUUGCCAGAAAAUUGUGUUGGCAUCCCCGCCCCGUGCCGAUGGCUCCAUCACCCCCGAGAUCGUCUACUGUGCUCACAAGGUCGGCGCCGAGAGCAUCGUGCUUGCUGGCGGUGCUCAGGCCGUUGCGGCCAUGGCGUACGGCACGGAGAGCGUCAGCAAGGUCGACAAGAUCCUCGGCCCCGGUAACCAGUUCGUCACCGCGGCCAAGAUGCAUGUCAGCAACGAUACGAACGCUGGCGUGAGCAUCGACAUGCCGGCUGGCCCGUCCGAGGUGCUUGUCAUCGCCGACAAGGACGCGAACCCCGCCUUUGUCGCCUCUGACCUGCUGUCGCAGGCCGAGCACGGCGUUGACAGUCAGGUUAUUCUCAUCGCUGUGGACCUCACCGAGGAGCAGCUCAAGGCCAUAGAUGAUGAGGUCCACAACCAGGCCAUGGCUCUGCCCCGCGUCGACAUUGUCCGUGGUUCCAUCGCCCACUCCCUUACCGUGCAAGUCAAGACGAUCGACGAGGCCAUGCGCGUCAGUAACGAAUACGCACCGGAGCAUCUCAUCCUGCAGAUCAAGGAUGCGCCCAGCGUGGUCGACAAGGUGAUGAACGCCGGCAGCGUCUUUAUCGGCCAGUGGACCCCGGAGAGCGUGGGUGACUACUCGGCUGGCGUGAACCACUCUCUGCCGACGUAUGGCUUUGCCAAGCAGUACUCUGGCGUCAACCUCGGCUCCUACCUGAAGCACAUCACCUGCUCCAACCUCACCGCCGAGGGCCUCAAGAACGUCGGAUCCGCUGUCAUGCAGCUCGCCAAGGUGGAGGAGCUGGAGGCUCACAGGCGGGCCGUUGAGAUUCGUAUCAAGCACAUGAACAAGCAGUGA